GAACAAAGAACCCGACAGCUGCUCGAACUAGAAGAGAUAGGAGACAGAAAACCGUCACAAUUUCUUCGACACCUUCGAACACUUGCUGGAAAUAAUGUUCCAGAUUCCCUUCUACGAACACUAUGGCUUGGAAGACUUCCGAUUCAAAUGCAGAUGGUCCUCGCUACACGACUAGAAGAUCCGCUAAAUAAUGUUGCAGAACAAGCAGACCGGAUCCAUGAAAUGUCUAGCAAAACCCUUGUAGUUGCUGCUACCUCGACAACUCCAAAAAAAACCUUGGAACAGCAGGUACAAGAAUUGACAAAACAAUUAGCAAAUUUAACCACGCAUCUCUCAAGAAGUAGAGAAAGAAAAAGUGGUAGAUGGAGAAAUCAGAGUAGGAGCAGAAGUUCCUCCAGAAAAAAAGAAUUCAAUGAAAAAUACUGCUUCUAUCAUAAUCGAUUUGGAGAGAAAGCAAAAAAAUGCACUGAGCCUUGUUCUUACCAAACGGAAGAAAAAAAAACAACUCAGGGCAAUCCCUAA